GGAACUGAGGCUUUGGCUCAAGAGGUGUAAGAGUAGGUAAAGGCUAAGGAAGGUACAUUCUUCAUUAUCUUCAAGGCUGCUGACAGCUUACAGAGAUUGCAAACCAAAGCCACUUGUUAAACGUCAGGAGUGGAUCAUAAAAGUGACAGCCUUCAAGAAUGGGAUGCGCAAUAUCUCUGCAAAAAUUGCAGUACCUAGCAUCAAACUGUUACUGGAGGAGUGCACUGUAAAACUCGACCUGAACUCAGCUGCAAGGAGAGUAUUUCUUGCAAAUGGCCGGGAAGCAUUUGAGCCAAAGGACAUUCCUCAUAAUGUUGACGUUUAUAUUUCAACUGGAGAGCCAUUUAUGGAUCCAUUCAAAAACAUGAAAGACCAUCUGUUAUUGACCAAAAGGGUGAGCUGGACUAUGAAAGGGGUAGUGCUUCCUAUUGACAAGCAGCAUGGCAAGACAAAGCCCAUUCUCUCAAACCGUCUGAAGAAGCUCACUGAAAAUGGUUCUGUCAGAAUUCUGGUUUUUAGAAAUGGUGCAGGGCAGGAUGGGUAUGAAAUCAUUGCAUCACUGGAAGAAAAACAACAGUUUUUAGACCAAUGCACUCUAAAGAUCAAAUUAACAUCCCCAGCAAAGUAUUUGUAUGACUGGCAGGGUAAUCGAAUUUGUGACCUCAGAACAGUUCCAUUGCUCGACAAGUGCCUGCAGAAUUCCAUCACACCUCUGCGUGGACCUGUUUGGGUCUCUAAAGGGGAAGGGUUCAUUCCAUCAGGAGCUAAGGCAUACAUCCAGGGAAUCAUAUGGGCUAUAAAUCAAAAGCUGAAGCCUGCGAGGAAUUACAGUAAGCAGGUAUAUCAUGCAUUGAAUGGAUGCGCAGGGAAGGUCACACACAAAAGCCUCCUCUCCAUGACUACAGAAGAACUGUAUAAAAUAAGUGAAAAUCUGGACAACUUGAUUGAUGAACUGCGAGCUACUAUCAAGAAGCACAAUGGUCAGCUCAGCAAACUCAACCCACUAUUACAAGCUGAAAAGGGACAUUACAGCGGCUUUGUGUCCCAGCACAUUAAAAAGCUUCCAGCAAACUGCACUCUCUCCAAAGGUCUGCAGCUAAAACUGCAAGGACCUUAA